AUGUUCGAAAAAUUCUCCAACCUUGACUUCGACUCUGCUGGCCAUGGUGGCGGGAUUCGGAUGGACAAACGGAGCUGCGUUAUGGGUGACGAGCAGUUACGGAUCUCUCUUGGUUACUCCAGCUUGAACCAGUCCGUUUUGGCUGCUGCUGGUGGUGGUGGGUCUGGCUCAGGUGGUUCUGGUUCAGGUGGCUCGGGUGGUAGCAACAGUGUUGUCGGUCUUGCGACUCGGAGUUCGAUGAUCACCAUGAUCGGUAUGACCAUUUUGGUUGCGAUGACUUUGAUGUAA